GAGCCCGCCGAUCCGCCGUCGGAGCCGCGCGUAAAAUCCGCUCGCUCGGCGCGCUCUCGUCGGCGCUCAGUCGGCUCAGCGACGAUGGACAACUCGAGCGCUCCGGGGGGGCUCAACCGCACCCUGGGCGUGUGGACGGACCACAGCGUGGCGUACAAGGUGGUCAGCACGGCGGUGCUGCUGCUCAUCUGCUCGGCGGGCGUGGCGGGCAACGCCAUGGUGGUGCUGGUGGUGCUGACCACCAAGCACAUGAGGACGCCCACCAACUGCUACCUGGUCAGCCUGGCGGCGGCCGACCUGACGGUGCUGGUGGCGGCGGGCUUGCCCGCGGCCGCGGACGGCGUGUUCGGCUCGUGGGUGUUCGGCCACUCGGGGUGCCUGUGCAUCACCUACCUGCAGUACCUGGGCAUCAACGCCUCGUCGUGCUCCAUCACCGCCUUCACCGUGGAAAGGUACAUCGCCAUCUGCCACCCCAUCAGGGCCCAGUUCCUGUGCACGCUGUCCCGCGCCAAGAAGAUCAUCCUGCUGGUCUGGACCCUCACCUCCGUCUACUGCGUCAUGUGGUUCUACCUGGCCGACCUGCAGGUGCUGGUGUACGACAACGCCGCCGUCACCACGUGCGGCUACCGCGUCUCCAGGAAGUUCUACCUGCCCGUCUACUUCUUCGACUUCGGCGUCUUCUUCGCGGUGCCGCUGCUGCUUUCCGCCGUCCUCUACGGCCUCAUCGGGCGCAUCCUCUUCCUCAACCCGCUGCCCUCCGACGCCAAGGAUCGCCGCGACGACGGCGGCAAAAAGAGCAGCGGCUACCGUCUUGACCUGAAUGUGAAUCUGUCGUGGCGAUGUCAGGUGACCAAGAUGCUGGCGGUGGUGGUGGUUCUGUUCGCCGGCCUGUGGAUGCCGUACCGCACGCUGGUGGUGGUCAACUCCUUCCUGGACCGCCCGUACCUGGACAGCUGGUUCCUGCUCUUCUGCCGGGUGUGCGUCUACCUCAACAGCGCCGUCAACCCCGUCAUCUACAACGCCAUGUCCCAGAAGUUCCGCGCCGCCUUCCUCAAGAUCUGCCGCUGCGGACGCCGGAGCUCCGACAAACCCUCCGCCGCCUACAGCGUGGCGCUGAGCUACAGCGCCACCAAGGACACGUCCAUGGCGGAGAGCACGGAGCACUUCACCACCGACCUGGAGGAGCUCACCGUCACCGAUGAGCUGCUGUCGGAGCACAAGGACCGGUACCCCCGCUCCUCUUCUGAUGGGAAAGUGGACUUCAAGCUUGAGGCUUGAGUCCGGGAGAAGGUUCUUCUUUGAGUUCUUUGAGAGUGACGGUCAUCUUCCAAAGACUGAAGAGGAGAUCCUGCAAAGGUUGCACAGAUGCCAUCUUGGGUCACUCGCAGCUUUCCACAGACCAGAUCCAAACCGCUGGACACAUUCCCCAAAAGCCAUCAGAUCAGUUCAGAUCGGGUUUCUGGGAUGAAAGGAGUCCAUGAGGUCUGAGGACAUCAUGGACUCCUUCUAACGUUGUAACAUUAGAAGUCCAUGUAAAUGUGAAUAUGAGUAUUAUAACUAUAUGGUACUGUAGUACAGUGGAAUACCUCCACGUCAACAAUCUGGAAACAAUCUGGAAACAAUCUGGCAACCCCCCCCUCGUGUUCUAAUUAUUCCUGAACAAACGCUCCGCUUAAGUCGACAUCAACACACACGGCUGACCGCUUUGGUCAACAAAGUGGUUGCCAAAUGUUCUACGAUGAAGUUGACGAGUAUUACGAGUAUUACGAGUAUUACGAGUAUUACCAGCUUGGUCAUCGCUAACCCCUAACUCGAACCCUAACCCCUAACCCUAACGUAACGUCAGACGUUUCCAACAGGUUCUCCAAAAUAUCAAAGACCGAUCCCGAUGAUGGAAUCAUUCUGGAUCCUAUGAUCCACGAUAUGAUCAAAUCGGGAACUUUGGGAAUUUUCAUCCUAGGAAGAUAACGCGUGAAGCUCUAAAAAUGCAACAAACACGGUUGUACUAUAUAACCAGGACGCGGUGGAAUCUGGAGUGGAGUGGAGUGUCCCGACGGAUUUGUUGUAUCUUCAAAAGCGAUGGAGCUAGAUCCAGAAGAAAAUGCAUUUUUUGUGAAUAACGACUGAACUAAUAUUGAUAUAUGAUUGAUAUAUGAUUGAUAUAUGAUCAUCAAUGCGUUUGCUAAUGUUAUGUUGUUGUGGUGAGGGCGUCUAAAUGCAUUUUCCGGACUAUAAGUCGCACUUUUUUUCAUAGGUUGGCUCUUCCUGCGACUUGUACUCCAGAGCCACUUAUGGUUUUUUCUCCUUGGGGGCGUUUCCCCAAGGAAAAUGGAUGGGAUAGGCUCCAGCGUACACCCGCGACCCUAAUGAGGAUAAGCGACGUAGAAAAUGGAUGGAUGGAAAAUGGCAGGGUUGGCAGGCAUGUUUCUUCGGCCUUUGACUUGCUGCUCAUGUGGUUAGAGCAGGGGUGUCCAAAGUGCGGGCCUGGUGCUAUUCACAUACCGCAGCUUUAAAAAAAAAUGGCCUCAGAGGAAUAUUUUAGGAAUAAAAUCAAAUAUUAUGAAGGAGGUUUAGGGCCACAUUAAAAAGUGAAAAAUGUGAAAUAUUGAAUGUCAAACUAACAAUUCUAAUUAUUGACAUAUUUAACAACUUAGCUAACUUUUCCAUAUAGUGAAAUAUGAAAUGGAAUUUUGAUAUUUUGUAAUGCAACACAUGUAGAAAUGCUAAAAUUAAUAUUUUCAAGCAAUAACAUCUCAGCUUUGUGAUAUAAGUUAAACCCCCACCCCCUUUUUUUGUGGUUAUUGUUUUUAUAAUUUUUCAAAUAUUUUAAAGUAAUCUUCUUACAUUUUCUUCUCAUAAUAUGACUUCAACUGAGUAUAUUUUGACUUUAUUCCCAUAAUAUAACUUUCCCCAGCCUAAUUUACCGCAAAAUGGGUUUCUUCAUUAUGCCUUAAAAAAAUUCUUUAAGGGGACCUAUUAUUAUUAUUAUUAUUAUUAUUAUUAUUAUUAUUAUUCCCCUUUUCUGACCCAUAAAAGUAGUUAGAAUGUUGCAUUCUGGCGUUAAACCAUCCCAAAGUUUCAGAUAGUUUGGGUUCGCGCAUUUGGAAGUGAGCCCUGGAAGAAGUCUGGGAUGGCUCGGAAACGUUUGGUUUCAGAGAGUUCACUGUGACUUCACAGUGACUCUUGCCAGAAGUUAUAUGGGCAUGCCCUGUACAAGCUGAGUGGGACCAAUCACAGUGGAGUAGGCGUGCCCGGAGGCAGACUGUGGGUGGAAUAAAUGAAUAGGUACUGAAGUCGAUUCUGGAAGAUCUAGAAAGUUUUCUGUGCUGGUUAUUGUGUGUAGCGGCUCUAUAGGAGUCCACAACUCAAUACAAAAGGCCAAAAAUGAGCACAACAGGCCCCCCAAUUCCAUUUCAACUAAAUGCAAGGAGAAUUACAUUUUUCCUCAUAAUACUACAAUUCACAAUAUUACAAGUUUAUUCACCUAAAAUCUUUACUAUUUUCUCUUUACAGUCAAAGUAUUAUCACAAAUUUACAGCUGUUUCUUUUUCAUUUUUGCUGUUUUUCAUUUAAAUGUCCAAUUAUUUAAUUUAUAUUUUAUUUUUUCUUCAUUUUCUUGUCAUAGUCAUGACAUAACUUUUUCUAACUUAAUAUAUAUAUAUAUAUUUAGCAAACUUACAACUGAGUUUUGUCACAUUAGGAUUUAAAAAAAUGAACAUCUUACUUUAAUAUUUCACAACAUAAUUUAACUAAAAUGACAAUUUGUUUUUCAUACUACAUUAUGCUGGUAAAAUGAUUUCUUUCUCUCAAUAUUAUGACGUCAUUCUUUUACUGCUGAUUUUUUUAUUUUUAGUUUUUUGUGCCUCGGACCAAUAAUAAUAAUAAUAAAAAAUAAUAAUAAUAAUAAUAAACCCUGGCUGAGCAUAUCUUCAGCUACACUGGAGUGAUUUUUUUGCGCGUUGAAUUCAAAUAAAUGCAGAAAGAAAAGAGAAAGUAAAAUAAUAUUUGGACAGCCCUGGUAGGUUAGCCGUCCUAAUCACCAAAAAAGCCCAACAAUGGCGAUGGAAGAAGGCCUUUGUGUAGCGGUCCAGGUCUCCUAGCAACCGUAUCCCAGAAUGACAAGAUGUUAAUGAAGUCCAAACGAAUGCAGCGGGUGUCGCGGCUAAUGACGCCCCCAUCAGUAAGACGUUUGUCAUGGUGCUUGGCGUUGUGCUUGUCGUUUGUUGUUAUGAAAGAAUGAAAGAAGUCGGCUUUUCUUCGCUUUUCUGUGCUUAUUUCCGUGCUUAUAUGUGCAUCGGUGGAGUGUAGAUGAAAUAGAAUUACUCUUUGCAUGCGUGUGUGGAAUAUGUUGACAGCAGGCAUGUCUUCACACACGCUGAUUAGAUGUUACAAGCUUAUGAAUGCUUAUGAAUGCUUAUGAAUGUGACCUUUACGGCGUGGAAAAAAAAAUGGAAAAUAAUGUUUCAGUGUGGCUCAUUAUUGCCUGUCAUGGAAACAUGGAUGUUGUUUAUUUGCAUAAAAUGUGCUGCUGACGGUCAAACUGUGCUGUGUUCAAAAUAAAGUUGU